CAGGUUCCUCUGUUUUUGCUACUAUGGUGAAGUCUUGUGAGUACCCAGACAUCUGUAACCAAACUGGGAGUGGUAGUGUUGGCACCACAAAUAUCCUUUUCAACACAAAGUGCUGCUCCAGUGAUCUUUGCAACUACGACUCUGCAUUGAAUUUUCCAGCUGUGAAUAACACACAGAAUGGGUUAACAUGCAAAGCAUGCACUGGAGGAAAUACACAAGACUGUUUCAAUAAUGCUGCCCCAGUACCUUGCACUGGAAACCAAGAUCGCUGCCUUGUUUCUUCUGGAAGUCUAUAUAACAAGCCAUAUGUCAUCAGUGGUUGUGCCUCUAGCAGUGCAUGCAAUUUUCUAACAGUUAUAAGCAAUGGAUUACUUUCUAUCACAAGAACACAAUGUUUCUCAGCUUCUCCUAUGGUUUGUUAUAACUGUUCGGGAACACCAGCUAACUGCACAAAUGAAGUAAUAGCCUGUGAUGCUAGUAUGGCCUGUCUUAAGUCUUCAGUUAGACUAUUAUUUGGUGGAGAAACUCACGACUUAAUAGUAAAGAAAUGUGGGCGUCAAGACAUCUGCAACCAACAAAUAACAGGCAACUUUGGAAGUACAAAGCUGUAUGUUCAGAUGGAAUGUUGCUCCAGUGACUUUUGCAACAGUGACUCAUCACUGAAUAUUUCAGGUAUCAGUUCAACACCAAAUGACUUAAAUUGCAAAACAUGCUCUUCAGCAACAAAACAAGACUGUGACAAGAACAACACAGUAGUACAAUGCACUGGGAAUCAAGAUCACUGCAUCAGCUCUUCUGGAACUUUCUUUACAAAUAGCCAUCACUACUUUACUGGAUGUGCCUCUGGUAAGAUCUUCAGUAAUAAAUCAUUACUUUCUGUGCUGAGUGGUAACAUGGUCAACAUAGAGGAAGACAUGCAGUGCGCUAUGAAUUCCAACCUUUCAAUUAGAUGUGGAUUCCUUGUGGAGCAUAGCUUAAUUCUGUUAGCAAGCAUUGGGAUUUAUACUUUUGAGCUCUUCAUUUAAACUUAUUUUCUAUAUGUCCAAAUACACAUAAUUAAUUUACAUACAAAUGAUAACACCUCCAGGUAUAUUUCUUCAUUCCCAGCAACAAAAUGCUGCCAGACGAUUUAAUAAAGCUUUAUGGAAUUUUCUGUUUAUUCAAUUUGUUUACGCUUUUGAAUAUCUUAAUGUUUUAUUUACCACCUCUACUAUCCUUAUGCAUGGAAAUCAUUGAUAAUGCAAACUACUUAGAAACCUUAUUUCUAGCCUAGGAUGUGAAAAAAUUCUUACCUACUCAUGAUCAACAUAUUCUAUCACCACCUCUAAGAUUUGCUUAUUUAUUUGGACUCCAAUCUCAUUUUUUAAUCGCCUUACUUCUUAAGUACCAAUACAUUAUUUCUUAAUUUUUUUGUUUUGCUAUGCAGUGCUAAUAUAAGCCUUCUGCCAGUUUCACUCCACCUCACUACAGCUAAUGUUGAUGGUUCCAUUUAGACAAGUUCACCUCCAAAAUGUUGAACUCAUGAUCGCUGUUAUUCGUAGGAAGUCAUUACUGGUGUGGUUUCUAAGUAUGCAUUAUCAGUGACUAUGUUUGUUUUACUGUUUUGUUUUUCGGCACGCCUGAGUGAUUCCAUAGUUGGUAUAUAUGGGGACAUGAUGUUUGCAAAAGCUCUUGUUCAUCAUGUUGAAGCUUUUCCUGGUUGUUUUUGUCAAGCUGAGCUUUCUUUGUCUUGUAAAUCAAUGAGACAUAGGUAAACAAAACAGUAAAUUUGAGGUCUGAUAGUCCACUUUGGUAAUAUAAUAAUUUUAAAUCACUGCAACACAUUUUGUUCAUCUCUAAGACAUAACAAAAUAAAGUAUUUAAAAUAAAAAAGAGUAUAUGAAAUGAAGUAAAUCAGGACAGGACAUAAACCAAGAAAAGGGUGAUAUUAUAAUGCAGGUAUGACUACAAACACAUAUUUCAUUAUAUAUGAUCUUAUGCCAACUUUCUAAUCCUUAUUCAGUUGCUGUGGAUCUUAUAUAUGUUUUUCAUUAUCAAAAUGAUGUUAUUUUCUGAAUUAUGUGUGUAUUGUACCUUAUGUAUAUGUAUAGUCAUUUAGAUUUAUUUGUUUGUUUGCUUGUUUAACAUCUGGAAUAAUAGGCUGAUACAAAAAGGAACCAUUUCAGCCAUAGCUUAUAUACAUUUAAAAUUUUAAAUUUAAGAUGAAAAAGACGUAUAAGGAUGACCUUUGCUACAAGAGUUAAGAUGGAAAAGGGUUUACAUAACCAAUAUUCAACUAGAACAAUGAUUAACAGUUAUAAACCAUUUAAGCAAGAGUGGUGCACCUACUGCCAGAUCUGUCCAGCUAUGUGCACAGUCAUAGAACUAAUAUACUCCUCUGAGUUGAUUUCUUAUAAUGUCAAAGUGUAUUCCAAGGACUGGCAGACACUACUUUAUUUUUUAACUGAUAAUAUGGUAUUUGUGAAUACUUUUUCCACACCUCCCAUAUUGUUCUAUGGAGCUGUUUAUCUUUGAACUUGAUUUUACAAGAUGUUUAUGAUUUGAUUUUUUUUCUUUUGGAAGAUUUCAGAUUGUUAUUUUGUCCAGUUUGCCAUGAUGAAUAUUUUAGCUAUUCUAAUACAUUUAUAUCAAAAUAUGCAUUUUGUCUUGAAAUUGAUACUUAGGCUGAGCUGUUGUCAUGACCAUAUUAACUAAUUAGACCUUUUGUCUCACAA